AUGCCGACGAUAUUAUUACCCGCCUCUGCUGCGGCCUUUGCGCCGCGGUCGACUUGCAAUGUCGUGCUGAACAGCAAAGUCGAGCCCUGGUUAACCGCUACCCUGAAGAGAAUCAACAAGAUCAAGCGACCUCUCAAUAGUGUGCCUCAACAUACCCGGUGUCUGACCGAGACACUUUCAUCUACGAACGCCAUUUGGUCAUUAUGUUCGUUAAUGUUGCCCAAGGCUCCCGAGACCGAACUACGAAAGGAUUCCAACCCCUUGGUUGAGGCAUUGUUCAACUACCAACUGGUCCACAUUGAAGCAUAUGUUGUCCACAUCGACAUGGUUUCGCAGAACGAGGUCGCCUUCAAGUUGACGACAGACACUAUUGACUCGCUGGUCGAGUAUCAUAAAGAAGUCUUUUCCGUCGACACCGCUGCCAAGACCUGGACCUGGUCCGAGAAGGAACAACAGUUGAAGAAAUUACAGGAGGAGUUUGUGCAAGCCGCCAACAAGUUUGUCUAUCGGACGGGUGCUUUGGCAUUGGAAGGUAUGGAAGAAGAUGGCGCAGGUGAACUUCUUUGUGGCAGAAGCGAUGAAGUUCGCCAGGCCAUUAUGGGACUCUAUGUCCCUCUUCUACCACCGCCUCCCAGAAUUGUCGAUGUCAUCCGACCCACUCCUCUCCUACCCAGCUCAACUGGAGCCGAGCAUUGGUGGCCAUCGCAGCAUCUCCAAGCCAUUCAACCGGCACCGGUAGAAUCUUGGAAGAUCAUCCCUUCAAGUCCCAGUCCGGUCUCGUCCUGUGACUCACAUCAGAACAUUUGGACGAGUGUGGGCAUGAACGAAGUACAACUGCCAUCACCUACACCUUCCUUCAGCCAACCUUUCUCUUCAGCGGCCUACAGCGCUCCUCAGUACUACAGCGCGCCUGCCUAUAGUGCACCAGCUUAUAGCUCACCGGCUUACAGCUCGCCAGCCUACAGCAGCUCACCAGCAUAUAGCGCCUCGGUAACGACAUCUUCAUAUCCAGCUCUUCCUCUACCGAGCAUGUUGGCUCAACAACCUUGCAGUACGUCUGCAAGCCUAAGUACAUUCGGCUGGGAUCGAUACCAGGAAUAUACGAUGCCUUAUGCCACCGCCAUGUAA